AUUACAAAUCUAUCUCAAAUAAAUAAAUUAUAUUUAAUUAUGUAACAAUAUAGUAAUAUUUCUGUGCAUUUAAAUAAAAAAUAAAAUUAAGGAUUAAAAAUGGCGAAAUUGGUCCCGCGUGUUUCCUUCCCGCGCACGUCGCGCUAGGUGGAAGUUGGUCAUGGUCGUCCGCCAAACGGAAAGCCGCCAUGAUGGCUUUCUGUGAAGUACGCUCAAUAUGUAAAGUUUCGUUAUUGUUUUUCAUUAAUUGUGACUGAGUGUGUGCAAAAAUUAACCAUGGGAACGAACUAGAGAGUGCCAAGUGUGGUUUACGGUCCUUUAGGACCUCCUGGAGGAGCAAUAAAGUGUUUUAUAAGUGCAUUUUUGUGUCGACGCUAGCGUGUUUUGUUCUGUCAACAAAAUGUCGAAGCUCUCGUUUAGGGCGAGGGCCCUGGAUGCGUCUAAACCUAUGCCCAUAUAUCUCGCCGAGGAGCUCCCGGAUUUACCGGACUACUCGGCGAUUAAUCGUGCUGUACCUCAAAUGCCCUCUGGUAUGGAGAAAGAGGAGGAAAGUGAGCAUCACCUCCAGAGGGCUAUAUCAGGCACGGGCCUCAUCAUACCGACGCCGGAGGUAUGCCAGGUGUCGGACGUGGAGUUUUACGAGGCCUGCUACCCGCCGGACUACAAGAUGCCCAAACAGCAUAUACACAUGCAGCCGCUAUGGGAGGAACAAGAGGCGCCGGAGUAUGACAUCGACACAGAGGACGAGAGGUGGCUGAAACAACAGAGGCAUCCAGAGUUGACAGACUUAAAGUUCGAGCAAAUGAUGGACAAGUUGGAGAAGAGCUCCGGUCAGACGGUUGUGACCCUCAACGAGGCCAAGCUUCUGCUGGAGAGGCACGACGACCUGGUCAUAGCCGUGUACGACUACUGGCUCAACAAGCGGCUCAGCACUCAACAUCCGCUGGUGCUAUCUGUGAAGACGGAAAACCGCCCCGGACAAUCCACCAACAACCCCUACCUCGCGUUCAGAAGACGGACGGAGAAAAUGCAGACCAGGAAAAACAGGAAAAACGACGAGAGUUCAUACGAGAAAAUGCUGAAGCUACGCCGUGAUCUGGCGCGAGCUCUGUCUCUGUUGGAGUUGGUGGCGAGGAGGGAGAGAGCCAAGCGGGAGCUGGUGCGGCUCACGGCGCUGCUGGCUGAGAGGAGGUACGGCGCUGGGGACUACACGCACCCCGCCGCUACCGACAACACACACAGGCCUACAUACCAAGUACCGAUCACAGCGACCAGCUUCAGACGGGAGUACGCCGCGCCUUACCCGCCACCCGCGCCGCUAGACGCCAGACAGCGUGAGAAACGUCCCUACAAGAGACGGAAGCAUCGCCACUACGUACCCGCGGUUCCGCACAGAGAUUCCGGCGUCUGUACGUCCUCGGAGGAGGAGGUCGCCCCGCUCGACGACGGACCCUUCGCCUUCAGGCGCAAGCCGGGGUGUUUCUAUGAGAUGCCGACGGCCACCUUAUACGGUGACCCUGUGGACCCCGACGAUACAAGCAAGGACGGCCUAUUCCAACACGAACUGGACGAGAAGACCAGGUUCACGCUGACAUCUCUGCGUCUGCCGUACUCGCAUUGCGUGGGCUUCGCUCGCCGGAGACGAGGUCGGGGCGGCCGCGUGAUGCUGGACCGGAUACGGACUCCUCUCGACGACCUGUGGAGGAGACUCACCUUCACACACACGGAGGGACACGAGGAGAGGGAGCGGAGGGCCGAGGAGGUCGAACUGGAGACUAAGCCGCACAGAAGCCCGAAGGAAAUGAAGACGGACUACCACGCGGGCGGGAAGUACCCGUGGCGACACGCGUUCAGGCGACAUCUGGCCGAUAACCCCCACCUGUGGACCGAACCUGUCGGCGAUGACGUCUUAGACGUCAAGGCCGACGUCCACGUAAAGAUCAACGGCGAAGACGUCAAAAUAGACGUCGACGAGGUCAAGAUAGAGCCGAUGGACGUCGAUAGUGAAAGAGUUUUACCCGAAACGGACAUUAGUGAUAGUGUUGAGGACGUUAGUGAAAAGAGAACUAUAGACAGACUAGUUACUGACAAUCUCAAUAGGGUUAUAAGGAAGAGGACCUGGAGCGGCUGCACCGACAGCAGCUACGACUCAGAUGACAGUCUGCAGCCUGUAGAGAAGGAGUUCGAGAAAUUCAUCAACAAAGUCAAUAGGAAAUGGUUACAUUUCCGACCGAAAACCCCACCGCCGUCACCUCCAUACGUGGAUAACCCCGCGGAGGAUCAACUUCCGCUGGCCGUGGACACGCCGCUCGCCGUGGAACUCACCUCCAAACCCUCGGUCGGCGCCCUCGACACGUUCACCACCUCCGAGUUCACGCUCUCCGACCUCUACGACAUCAGCGUGCCGGAAGCCAACGGCCCGUCGGAGAUCAGCGACGACCUCCCCGAGAACUUCACGGGCUUCACGGACGAUCAGGUCGAGAGCAUCCUCUCGGACACGGAUCUGAAGGCGCUCGAAGACAAGAAGUCGACGGACGACCUGCUGGAGGAGCUGGUGAGGGAUGUGGACACGGGGAAAUCUUUUUUAUGUCAAGGCCGGAGCCCUGGGACGCGGGCUGGCUCUGGCCGCAACGAAGCGUUCGGCUGCAGCGUAGUGGACGUGCGAUCGGAGCGGGAAGCCGUAUACGUGCCGGUGGAGACCCGGCCUCCACCCCCGGCGACUCCGCCCCCGCCGCCCAGGAACGAAAUCCCGGCGACCCUCAGGAAACCAGCGCCCCCGCCGCCCAGGCGACCGCCCAGCGACCCAGACACCACGCAGAUCGUCACGGUCGCCGUCUCCGACAGUCUCAAGGUGCGUCUGGCUAGUCAAGGAGCGACGGCGGCCACCGCGGCCGGGACUGUGGUCGGCUUACUGCAGAACGGACCAUUCGCCACUAUGCUGCCAGUCGCAAGCGUCGCGAGCGUGGCGAGUGUAGCGAACGUCACGGCCGGAAGCGGGAAAAUGACGAAUGUCGCAAACGUGGCUAACGUGGCCAAUGUAGCUAAUGUUGCUAACGUGGCUAGCGUCGCCAACGUGAACGUGUCAGUGGCGAACGCCAAUCGUCGCGUCACGCCGUUCGUCCAGUUAGCUCCGGCCGCGUUAGGUCACAAACCUCUCCAGCUUCACCACUCGCCGUCGGUAGUGGUCGGGCCGCCCGUGCACCACGUGACGCCGAGCAAACUGAAAGUGUUGCACGCACACCCACUGACCAACUCGCAACGAGCACAACUGUUCGCACAGAACCGCUCCCUGGCCCAGCUGCCGGGCAUGGUGUCCCUCGCCGCUCUAGGCGACGCCAAGAUAAAACCUCACGGCUCAGUGGCGCAGUACUACGAGAUAAAGGGCGGCCAGCUGGGCAAACCGCACCUGGUCAACGUGCUCCGACAACCGCCGCCCAAGACACAAGCAGCGAGGAUCGACCUGAACGACGCCAAGAAACGACCGUUCAUAUUCGACGGCACGCUGAAAGGGAACAUGGCCGCCGCGAGUAGACCGCACCGGGUCAGCGUGAGCCUGGACGGGCGGCAGCUGGUGCGGGCGGCGCUGCCCGCGGUGCGGCACCAGAUACAGCUGAAGAACAGGACGCUGCAGGUGGCCGCGCCCAGCGCCCGCUCCGCCGCCGAGCCCUCCACCAGCAUCACGAUAGCGCCCACCAAGACCGCCACCAUCGCCAGCUCGGUGGUCGCCAAUCUUCUCCAGAAGAACGUCCAGCUGCCCAAGGGUCAGAAGAUCGCCAUAUCCGGCCCCGGCGGACAAGCGCUCGCGGCCAACGUCCAGGCCAUCGCCUUCACCACGGCACAGCUCAAGGCGCGACAGAGCAGGAUGAUGCCGCAGACAAGACCGCCUCCUGUAGCCGAGAUAGUGGAAACCUCCUCCGCACCUAGCGCGGCCCCCGACGACGAAGACGGCGUCCGGCGCACCGAGACUAUGAUGGAGGUCACGUGACGAGCGCCGCGGGAGACACGGCCGGGGGGCCUCGCACACACACGGGGGCCUCGCACUAGUGGACGUCGCUGCAUACUACCACCCGGGGGCCUCGGACAACAUUCACAGGACUCGCACGAGGAGAGCUCCCUUCUUGCUACCAUUCGGAGGCCUCACAUGUGGGGACGACACUCCAUACUACCAGAGGGCUUCGGAUAUCACACGGGAGCCUCGAUAUCGUCCCGGAGGCCUUGCUCGUGUGGACAUCACCCUAUACCACGACUAGAAGGCCUCGGACACACGGAUGUUAUAACUAUAUAUAAUCGUAGUACACUUAAAGUAUAAACAUGUUAGUCGACUGUUCUCCAUGUAUCCGCGUAUCGCGUCGUUGCCGCAUGCUCUAACGACUUGUGAUAGUUGAAUGUGUUUUGGUUGACGAGUUGUUGCCGGUGUCAUAACUCAUCGCUAGCUCGCGUCGUGCGCGUGUCGUGUCCGUGUAUCUCCCGGGAGACUGUUCGGUUCACUUUUAACAUUACCGUUAUAAACUUACCCAAAUAUGGUCCAUUAUAGUGUAAAGCAAGCUUCAUUAAAAAUAAUUUAAGUGGCUGUGACAUAGUUAAUACAUGUAACACGUAGCACUUGCCAGCCUCUCACAUGUAUAGGUGUUUAGCGUGUCCCGUGCCGCUGUAGACGCGCCGGGGACGGUCGGGCACACCGCGCCCUUCCUUAUAUUAAUAUCAGUCAUUAGAUGGAUAGACUGUGGCUGGCAACGCGUUUAGGUUUUUGUUUAGCGAAACUUUCUGUAGGAAUUUCACGCUAUAUGAAAAUGAUAAAAAAAAAUAUUUAAAAAAUAUGCGAUAAAUCGUCGUUGAGUGUAUUUAAUGUAUGAAUUUGUAAUAUAACGGCAUUAUUGUAUUAUAUAGUUUGUAUAAUUGCUGUGAGGGCUGGCGGGUCCAGCGGGCCUCGUGGGUCCGGCGGGAGGGGGGAGGGAGGGGAUACGAACUGUAGGAGUUCAGCUCAUGAGACGCGUGCUGUGACAUAGAGCCGAACGUCUGCGACCCUGGACAUGUACAUACCGACGUCCCGACACAUACAAAUAUUCUUUUUUUGUUUUAAAGAGAAGAUACUCACAAUCAUAAUGUAUUCAACGCUGUAUGACACAGCACGCGGGCGCCGCAGACGGCGAGAGGGAAACUAUCGUCAGAUUUUUUUUUAAUGUAAGCCCCGCAGACGCCGACGCAUCCCCGGCCUGCGGGUCGUUCAAUGUAUUUAUUGUACUGUAGUUACUUUAUUAGUUCAAAAACUAUAUAUAUUAUAUAACGACAGCUUUAUGUCGGCGGUUAUUUCGUAAGCCAAAUAUAUUACACAACCCCACAACGGUAUCCAUGAUGUCUUUAGUUUACCGCUAACAUAAUGUACACAUACAAACACACACUCGGUAGACUGCUGCAUGUAACCCUUUAGAUGAAGCUUCUGUACCUUAUGGUCGCUGAUGAUUCACUCCUUGAUAAAGAAGAAUACGAUUUGUGUAAAAAAAAAGCAAACAAGAAAUAUGUUAUAUGUAUGUAAAGUAUGACAUCAAGUGAGAUAACAAAUAAGUAUUUUUGGAAAUGUUUUGUAAGGAUCCGUUAUGUCCCGUUACUUUUCGCUUUUAAGUAUGAUUGUUGAUGUCCGCCCCGCCGCCGCUCGGCGCGCGGGGAGUCCCGAGGCAGGGAUCUGCUGUAGAUUACACUUACUCGUUUAGAAACGUUAUGAAAUGCAUACGACAUAUAUAAUAAAUUGAACAAAACGCACUGUAAGUAAAGUGUAGUUACUUCUUUUGUCAAAUUUAAAUACAAUUCGUAAUAUCUCGUUAAAAAUAAUGAGGAAAAAUUAGAAAAAAAAUAAUAAUAACUAAAUUAAUAAAAUAUAUCCUAAUAUCGUGGUUAUGUAUAUUAAUGUAACGUUGGGGUUUUAAUAUAGCUGUGCGGAACCUGUAUCGAGUCGUUCACGCACGUCUUGUUGUUUCAUUCAUAUAAAAAAUACGCGGCACGUUUUUCCAGGCCGGCUCCGCGGAGUGCGCCCGGACAGACGUGACGAUCAAAAAAAAUUAAUGGUUUUAACUAUGUCUAUACAUGUAUAAUUGGUAAGUAUCAUAUACUGUACAAAAGGCUGCAAAUUUGGGAAGAAAAUGUGAAAAAAAAAAAUUGGCCUCAUUUUUGGGGCUGUUAACAUACGCUUAGUAAAGUGGAUAGGAAAAUGUGUACCUCAUAAGUUUCUGAUUCGUAGUCUAGGCCGGCGGGUGCUUUGAAUGCUUCCCGCUAGAGGGCGCUGUAUUUUCCUUAGCUUGUCUCUCGGGGCCGGCGCCGGCGCGCGGCGCGUCCCGCUUGCUACAUUAUUUUUUUUUGUAAAUAUUACUUUAUCGAUGUUUAGUUGUCGGACGUCCUUCGGGCGACGUGACGCUCGGUUUCGAGCCGGGGAGGCAUUCAAAGGAUCCGUAUUUAUUAAUAAAAAAAAUCGCUGUAAAUUGUUUGUAAAAUAGUCAUGUUCAGAAUUUCAGUGUAGUUUUGUUGAUUAAUUUUUUUCAACCGAAAAUUGCUGAAUAAAGCGACGAUUCUGUUUC